AUGCCAGCAGCUCGCAGCGAUGAGGAAGCCUCGGCCAAAGCAGCAGCUCCCCUCCACGCCGACCACAACAUCAAGGAUGAGGUAGUCGAGACGCAGUCGCUGUCCGAGCAGUGCGCGAGGGUACACAAGAGGGUGUGUGAUCUGCUGGAGAGACAGCCUGGCUCGGAGAGGGUGCGGCAGGUGCAGCAGCAGACGAGGAUAUCGUUGGACGUUAUCGGGGAGGCGUUGGAGAAGUACAGUCUAGAUGAGCUCUCCUUCUCCUACAAUGGCGGCAAGGAUUGUCUCGUCCUGUUGAUCCUCUACCUCGCCGCCCUCCACACCCACUCCACCGGCCAUCAAACGCCGCCAUCAACGAUCACGACCAACAACUCCCACCCGCCUCAGCCCCGCGAACAGCCGAUCAAACUCCCUCCAACGCUCCGCUCCGUGUACAUCGUCACGCCGAACCCUUUCCCCUCCGUAACGACCUUCGUCUCCCGCUCCGCCGCCAAAUACCACCUCUCCCUCGCCCAAUACCACAAACCAAUGAAAGAAGCCUUCGCCUCAUACCUCGCCGACUACCCCCAAGUCCGCGCCAUCUUCGUCGGCACCCGUCGAACAGAUCCCCACGGCGCCAACCUCACGCACUUCGACCCCACCGAUGGCGGCUGGCCGAGCUUCAUGCGGAUCCACCCGGUAAUCGAUUGGCAUUAUGCGGACAUCUGGACGUUCAUAAGAGAGGUCGGCGUGGAGUAUUGCGAGUUGUAUGAUAUGGGGUAUACGAGCUUGGGAGGGACGGAUGAUACGCAUCCUAAUCCGGCGUUGAAGUUGGAUGGGAAGUUCAAGCCGGCGUAUGAGUUGAUUGAGGACGAGGAGGAGAGGCUGGGGAGGGAUCGGUGA